AUCGAACUCAUCGAAACCAAACCAGAGGAGAUCAUUUCUCUCUCUCUCUCUCUCUCUGCUUCUCUCAUCGUUGAUCUCGUCUUGACUGAGCUGAACUCCUCUCUCUCUCUCUCUCUACAAGCAGACACAGGCACACAUCCUUAGUCGCCCCCGCGCUACAAUGGCUGCAGUCUCGUGCCCGUCGAGGCCAAUGAGCAAACCUGCAGACGGCUUCUCAUUCGGGACGUCUCUGAAGACACCAAGCCAAUUUAGACCAGGCUGCAAGAGUCUAUCGUUCGCUUCAAAUUAUGUGGGCAAAGUGAAAGUCUGCACUUCUCGGAAACUCACUGUUCAGGCUAGUAAUAGAGAUGGUGGAAGGUCUGGCAACACAGGCAUUUUCAUUGGUGGCUUUGUUCUUGGAGGAAUUGUAAUGGGCACACUUGGUUGUGUGUAUGCACCUCAGAUCAGCAUGGCAUUAGCUGGAACUGACAAAAAGGAAUUAAUGAAGAAACUACCGAAAUUCAUUUACGAUGAAGACAAGGCUUUAGAGAAAACGAGGAAAGUUCUGGCACAGAAGAUUGCGCAGCUGAACUCUGCUAUCGAUGAUGUCUCAGCACAACUCCAGCCCGGAGAUACACCAAACGGUGCAGCUGUUCCUUCUGACGAGGUGGAAGCUUCUACAUGAUGGGCAUUUGUCAUUUCAUGAUGAAAAAAGUCUUUCAAUUUUCAAAGGCAAUGAGUUCAAGAGCAACAAGUAGUUGGUAACUUUCCCGUGCAAUUUCUUCAUAGCUCGAAUCAUUUAGGUUUCCAGCGGUGCUUCUUCCUCCUCCCAGCCAACUACUCUUUACUCUUAUUGCAGACACUUUCCCUGUUUUCUACGAUUGCAACACUUAAAACACAAGUUUACUUUGAUUAUCUAAUGGUGUCCCAACCCGAGCCAGGACCCCAACCAGGGACAUGAACUAGCCAAAAAAUUGUGGUGGACA